UGUGUGUGUGUGUGUGUGUGUGUAGUUUGUUUCUCUCCUCUUCCCCUCCCCCAUCAAUUACUGUGCUGUGGAGACUCCGAGGCCAAAGACAUGAAUGCAGUGAAUGUGGGGCUCACUUCAAAGCGCCUGGGAGCAGGGAGGGGAGCGCAGGGAGUGCUGUAAUGUCGUCGGGGAAAAGAGCAACAAAGUAUCGGGAGUCUUUUAAGGAAAGAAAAAUAAUAAACCACCGGACGCGCUGUCCGUCUGUAUCACACUCGCUCUGGAUCUGGAGUCGUCUGAGACGCGUUUUUACAUUUAAAUUAACGCGAGAUUAACCGCGUCGCGUCCACUUUCUGACUGACUUACCGACUUACACGCGAAAACACAAUCCAAAAAAGACUCGUAUCAAGUUAACGAGCUAGCGAGCUAGCCAGCCUUGUUAGCUGGUUAGCCACAUUAGCAACCCCGGCUAACAGCUCGAAUGCUUGUUCUACUAGUCCGAGAGAGGAAAAGGCAGCGGUUUGGAUCGUUUUUGUGUUUCUUCUUUUUUUAUUUAACCCGCUUUGACCAAACUAAUAUUAACUAAAAUGUUAACAAGUCCUGUAAAGUGAAGAUGACAUGAGAAUGAAGCUAGCUUGUUUUGUUUGUGGCUAACUUAGCUAGCAGGCUGGCUAGUUUAGCACCUGGAAUUCAAACACUUAUUGUUUGAACAGUUAUAUCUACUUCGGUCAAGAAAGGUGUUUAACUGUUUAUCUUUCAUUUAUAUGCGUGUAUAAAUAGCGUACAGUGCAAAUGAAAACUCUUUUUGUUGGGAUUUUGGUGCUGGGAAUGUAAGGCUAGUUUAUUUGCAUCUUAUUGUUUGUUUGUUUGUUUGUUGUUUUUUUUAAUGCUCUGAUUCUAUGACACAGAGUGUUGUGUUUUUGUGAGGAGGAGAGCGCAGGAUUAUUAUGAAGCUUUUCUCACUUUACUAAUAGUGGUGUAGUAGUUUGAAGGUAGGACUUGAAAGGAAAGUAUAGUGGUUGUAUAUCAGAUAGAGUUGAGCUCUUUGAACCCCUGCUUCGUAGAUCAGAUAGGGAUAUAACCAUCUUAAGGUGUCUGAAGACUUCAAAUAGUCCUUUCUGCGAAGCAAGGAGCAAUCACAAUCAGAGCGGUUUACGUCAAGGUGCUUUAGGAGUUUAGAUUCUCUCUGUCUAAUCUUCCUUAGGUACAGUUUUGUUAUAAAAACAACACAGCUUUAAGGCUCGUUUGUUAAACGAUUACAUUUGCAAACAAAAUCUAGCCUGCUGCUUAAGCGUUUUCGUAUUCUGAUCGGUCUGGAUGUUGCCACAUUACACAAAAAAGGUGAUCCCUGCGUACGGGCUACAGGAGACGAGACGCAGAACUCAAGGAGGAAUUAUUUCACAGUGGCAUUAGAGGAAAUCUGGAUCUGAUUGUUCCAGAGCGUGGUCUGAGCUGGGAACGGGUGCAUGGACCUAGUAAGGAUGAGUGUGAAAGAGAAGUCGUACCUGGCGGACCUUGGGGGCAGCUUCACUGAAGAUGCGCCCCGUCCCCCUGUCCCGGGUGAGGAGGGUGAACUGGUGUCUGGUGACGUGCGCCCGUACGGCUUGGGCAUCUACUCCAUCAAGAGUGAGAGCCUCAGGUGCGAGGCCUCCAUAGCCACGCCGAGACGGCCCGACCUGGACCUGGGCUACGAGCCUGAGGGCAGCGCCUCACCCACGCCGCCCUAUCUGAAAUGGGCAGAGUCGCUGCAUUCGCUGCUGGAUGACCAGGAUGGAAUCCAAUUGUUUCGCACCUUCCUCAAGCAGGAGGAAUGUGCCGACGUGCUCGAUUUCUGGUUCGCCUGCAGCGGAUUCCGUAAGCAGGACACCAGCGAGGGGAGCGAGGAGAAGAAGCUGAAGCUGGCGAAGGCCAUCUACAAGAAGUACAUCCUGGACAGCAAUGGCAUUGUUUCCCGCCAGAUCAAGCCAGCCACAAAGAGCUUCAUCAAGGACUGUGUGAUGAAGCUGCACAUUGACCCGGCCAUGUUCGACCAGGCGCAGACAGAGAUUCAGGCUGUGAUGGAGGAGAACACGUACCCUCUGUUUCUCAAAUCUGACAUUUAUUUGGAAUACACCAGGACAGGUGGCGAGAGCCCCAAGCUGUACAGUGAUCAGAGUUCUGUGUCAGGGAACGGGAAGGUGCUGCCCGGCUACUUGCCCACGCUGAACGAAGACGAAGAGUGGAGGUGCGAGCAAGAGACGGAGGAAAACGGCGAGAGCGACCCCACACCCAGCAAUCGGCUCACCCAGAAGCUUCUCUUGGAGACGGCGCCGCAACGGGCAUCUAACAGCAAGAGAUACCAGGACAGUCGUGAGUACAGACACGGGCCGUGGAGGGAGCCGUUUAAUCCGUACUACGUCAACACCGGCUACGCUUUGGCACCCGCCACCAGUGCCAAUGACAGUGAGCAGCAGAGCAUGUCCAGUGAUGCAGACACCCUCUCCCUAACAGACAGCAGCGUAGAUGGAGUCCCUCCCUAUAGAUACCGUAAACAGUCUCGACGUGAGAUGCACGAAAGUGCCAAAGCUAACGGGCGAGUGCCACUACCUCAUAUUCCUCGCACAAACCGGAUGCCAAAGGAUAUCCACGUGGAGCCUGAGAAGUUUGCAGCAGAGCUGAUUUGCCGGCUGGAGGCGGUCCUGAGGGAGCGCGAGGCCCAGGAGAAACUAGAAGAGCGCCUCAAGAGGGUGCGGCUGGAGGAAGAAGGAGACGACGCAGACGUGUCCACGGCACCAUCUCUGGCUAGCCACAGGCUGCCCCCUGCUGUGCAUGUUCAGCACUACACAGCACGCUAUUCAGACACGGCUUACAGUGGGUUGGGGCUGCGUGACGCGCACGAGGAGAAUCCCGAGAGCAUCCUAGAUGAACACGUACAGCGCGUCAUGAAGACGCCCGGCUGCCAGUCACCCAAGUCUCGGUCACCCGAUGGCCUUCCUGCGACCAAGAUGCCUGGACAUAUUGCCCUGCAGUCCAGUGGCCAAGGAAAACACCAAGCAAGGCUGGGACCCAAGGGUGAGCCUGGACAGACUUACCACCACAAACACACACAUCACACACACCACGCUGAGGGAGAAGGCAUGAGGCCAUGGAACAUGGAGCAGCACCAUUAUGGCUCCAAGACCAGGAAUUACUCAGAUGGCACCAACUCUUUGGAACCCGUUGGAUAUAGCAGUAAAGGUGCCACGCUGUCGAAGCGGCCGUACAAGAAAGGUGAGGACACACGGAACUUUGAGAUGAGAGAAACGGCUCCAGACGAGCUGGACAGAAACCAGAAAAUCCUGCAGUGGAUGAUGGAGGGAGAGAAGGAGGCCGGGCGCCACAAGAAGAGCCCCUAUGGGAGCCUCUCCGGCUCUAAGAAGGCGCAAGGUCACGAGUCGGGAAGGCCGAGCUCAGUAGAGAGGCCGGGGGCUGUGCACCCAUGGGUGAGUGCGCAGCUACGCAACAACGUGCUGCCCUCACAUCCCUUCAUCCAGGAUCCCACCAUGCCCCCGAACCCUGCACCCAACCCUCUCACACAGCUGGAAGAGGCACGCAGACGACUUGAGGAGGAAAGGAAAAAGUCUGGAACCCUGCAGACCAAGCAGAGACACAAAGGCAUGAAAAAGCAGCAGUGUGAGAACAUUACAGUGGCGUAUUACUUCUGUGGCGAGCCCAUCCCCUACAGGACCUCAGUCAAAGGAAGGAUCGUCACGCUGGGACAGUUCAAGGAGCUGCUUACCAAGAAAGGGAGUUAUAGAUAUUAUUUCAAGAAAGUGAGCGAUGAGUUCGACUGUGGCGUGGUGUUCGAGGAGAUCCGCGAGGACGACGCUAUCCUGCCCAUCUUCGAGGAGAAGAUCAUCGGUAAAGUGGAGAAGAUCGACUGAAGAUCCGGGAGGAGGAGGCACGGAGGAUAUCGUGGCCUUUUAGGAGGAGCUACUUAGCAGCCAGUAGGGAAAAGGAGCUAAAAGGAGGUGCUGGUAGAUGGUACAGAGUAUGUGUGGGGGGUGGGAGAGGGAUGAGGGUUGAGGGACAAGUGGAAGAGAGUGAGUAGGGGUGAGUGGGAGCCCUGUGGGAUGUUCGCUAUUGACUCGAAGGCUUCUGUCACUGCAUUAGAGCCUUCUGUGGUUCCCCACAGGUGCCCUGUGCUGCUGGUCACCGUGGUAUGCAGCCUUUGGACUUCCGGACAAGGCAGCGCUCUCUCACCCUUUGGGUGUAUUUGCAAUGUAAUGUAGCAGUGUAAAGUUUGGCUAGAAAAAAAAAUACUUGCUAAGAAAUAUGUUUACUAAAGCUGCAUAUUUUUGAUAUGACAUAUCAGAAGGAAGGUAUCCUUUCUAAUGUAACAUCUCUUGUAAUUUUAUAUGUACUGGUACCACGUGUACAGUCUGUUUAAAACAACAAAAAAGAAAAAAAAAAGGUUUUAUAACUAUUUAAAUAUUUAAAAGGAAUAAACCUAUUGGUAUGAUCUUAACGUUUUGGCAGAUCCAGUUGGAAACGAUCGCAGUUCACAAUGCCCUUUUUCAUGCAGGUGGCUGGAUGAAAACCAGGAACCAUUGUCCAUGCUCUAUUAAGUGCUUAUAACUUUUAAACCCGACCAUAAACCUUCUCCACUCCGAGUGGCACCAGGUCACGCUGCACUUUCUCUCCAAUAAUUGGGGAGAGAGGACGGUAGCUUACUUAAGACGUUGUUGAAUGAUCAUGCCUUUACGUUGAGGGGUCAGCAGGGAGGACGCAGUGUCAGACCCAGGCUUUUUAUGCGAGUAAUUCAUUGUUUUUUUUUUUUUUUUUUUUUUUAUUUUAUUUACCUACAGCUGCUUCCUAUACAAAAAAAAUUUAAAUGCACCAAAACACUCCCAUCAUCCUCUGUAGUGCGGACUAGUGUGGGGACCGGCCUCAAGAAAACGUCUGUCAGCAUUAGAUGUAUUAAGAGAGUAUAAUUUACCUUAUGGAACAUAGCACAUCUGCAAUUUGUAAAAGAAUUAUUUUUAUACAAACUAUAUAUCCAU